UUCACCUCCUGACUGCCUUUGGGGUUCAUGUUCGACGCUUGAUGGUUUUUCUCUUACUUCAAAAUAACUAGGAAAAAUGUUUUUCCAUUUGAUUCUUUUGGUUGUUUCUGUGAUUACGUUCCUGCCCAGCCCACAUGAAUUACCCUUAGCCUGUGAUCAAAACUGUGCAGAUAAACCUCGGUUCACUCCAUCCAGACUGGUGGCGCAGUUUGGGAAGCCGACCUCCGCCCUCUGCUCCGUGUGUCAGCCUGGAUGCCAUGUUACCUUAUUUGAUAUUGAAAAUCCUAUUGGAACCAAGAAAAAAAAUGGAACUGAGAUUACAUGGACGGUCAACAACAUGACUGAGUGGAUCAAUUCUACAAUGUGCUAUUAUACCAAUGACACUACUAAUGUGCAGUGUUGCAGCGUCCUGCCUAUAACUGUCUACAAACCUCCAGAUAAUGUUUCCUUCAGCGUUCAACCUGAUGAGCCGAUGUCUGAGGGUCGGCAGUACACUCUGCAGUGUGAAGUAUGGGAUGUUGCUCCUGUGAAAAACCUCACAGUGACUUUCUACAGAGGACAGACGGCACUGGGUCACACGCAGAGCAGCAACACAGAUGAGAAACCAGUGAGUGAGGUCUUCACUUGGAACAUCACCUCCACUAAAGAAGAUGAUGGAGUCCAGUUCUGGUGUGAAGCAAAGCUGGAGCUGGGAGCUGACGGACCCCAGCCUCCUCCAGUGGGGAAGUCAGAGAACGUCACUGCUGCAGUCCACUAUAAGCCUCAGCGAGAGGCACCUCCGAUCAUCAUCACAGAAGGAAACCGUCUGACGCUGAACUGCUCGUCUGUGGGAAACCCCCCACCAUCGUAUACAUGGACGCCCCCGUCAAGAAUCACUUCCCCCUUCGAUGGCAGCGUCUUCAUCAUCGAAUCUAUAACUCGUAAAGAUGAAGGGUCGUACACCUGUUACGUCAGCAAUGUAAAAGGAUCAAUCACUGUUGAGUUUAACGUGACGGUCCAAGGUUUACCUUCAACCACACUGCCAACAACAACAACAACAUCAACCCCACCCACCACAAUGAUAACAGCCACAUCAACCCCACCCACCACAAUGAUUACAACCACAUCAACCCCGACUACCACAAAGACAACAACAGCAACAACAACAACAACAAGAACAACUCCAAACAGAGGUACCAGCAGCAAACGGCUCCACAGCUUCAUGAUGUGUUUCCUGCUUUUAUUCUCUGCUCUGGUGUGAUUUCAAUUUCCAGAGAACGUAGAGGAGGUUGGAUAAACAUUAGCAUGUCAUGUGUUUUCCACUAGAGAAGAUAUCUGGGAAAUGAAAUGUAUUUCCUCCAUGUAUAUGUAGUUCAGAUUUGAUGUCAAUAAACCCAGUUUUCUAAGUACA